UCAUCUUUAACAAAGUCAUGUUGUUCUUAAAGUACAGAAUACUGCAUACUUAAAAAUAUCGAGCUGUUUGCAAAAGUCCAUCUAAGUCAUGUGUAGACCACAGUAAGUUCUGUUUCCGUAAUAUCUGACUUAUAGACCAGUGAGGUAUAACCAUUGACUGAUCUAUAUACGACUAUGUUCUAUAUUAUAGAUCAGUGGGUAUAACUCUAUUAUCGCUGAUAACAGGAGAGAGCGGGAGCUUCAGGCGCGCUGCAGACUUUAUUUUCUGACUGGAGCGAGUCCCGAUGUUACAGCGCUAGCGUUAGCCUGCCAGCUCGAGCCUUCUGUCAGGAAUGUUAGCCUUUAGUUAGGCUAACAGUCUUUUCAUUUAGAUUAGCCAAAUAACGCCCAGCACUAUGAAUUUAUUACCCUCAAAUCCGCAUGGUAAUGGAUUACUCUAUGCUGGAUUUAACCAGGAUCACGGAUGUUUUGCGUGUGGGAUGGAGAAUGGAUUCAGGGUUUAUAACACAGACCCUCUUAAAGAAAAGGAAAAGCAAGACUUUCUUGAGGGAGGAGUUGGUCACGUGGAGAUGCUCUUUCGAUGCAAUUAUCUUGCGAUUGUUGGAGGCGGGAAAAAACCAAAAUACCCUCCCAAUAAAGUGAUGAUUUGGGAUGACCUCAAGAAAAAGACUGUGAUCGAGAUUGAGUUUUCCACGGAGGUCAAAGCCGUUAAGCUUCGCCGUGACAGGAUUGUGGUGGUCCUGGAUUCCAUGAUUAAAGUCUUCACGUUUACUCACAAUCCUCAUCAGCUGCAUGUCUUUGAAACAUGCUAUAACCCUAAAGGUUUGUGUGUCUUGUGCCCAAACAGCAACAAUUCCUUGCUAGCGUUCCCAGCCACUCACUCUGGACACGUUCAGAUCGUAGAUCUGGCCAACACAGAGAAGCCGCCUGUGGAUAUUCCUGCACACGAAGGAGCUCUGUGCUGCAUCGCUCUCAACCUGCAGGGCACACGGAUCGCCACGGCGUCGGAGAAAGGGACCCUGAUCAGAAUAUUUGACACUUCAGCUGGUCAUCUCAUUCAGGAGCUGAGAAGAGGAUCACAGACUGCCAAUAUAUACUGCAUCAAUUUCAACCAGGAUGCCUCUCUUAUCUGCGUAUCAAGUGACCACGGCACGGUCCACAUAUUUGCUGCAGAGGAUCCCAAAAGGAACAAGCAGUCCAGCUUGGCAUCGGCCAGUUUUCUCCCCAAGUAUUUCAGCUCCAAAUGGAGUUUCUCCAAGUUCCAGGUCCCGUCCGGUUCUCCCUGCGUCUGUGCCUUUGGAACAGAACCCAACGCUGUUAUAGCUAUUUGUGCUGAUGGCAGCUACUACAAGUUUGUGUUCAACCAAAAAGGGGAGUGUUCGAGGGAUGUUUACGCUCAGUUCCUGGAAAUGACGGACGAGAAGAUCUGAGCGUAGACACUACUUCACUUCCUUUCCUGACAUCUCCAGAGGACUUGAGUGGCGUUCAUGACCGCUGUUUUGGAGAUGAGCGUGACACAGGUGUGGAGGAGACCAAAAGAAACUCUAAAAGCUCUCUAGACUCAAACAAGAGAGGCCUUUCUUUCAACAAGUCGAGAGAUGACUGAAAACAUGGGACCCCAGAAAACAUAUUCUGUGGAGGGACGAGAGGGAAACCCUUUUCUUUUCUUUUUUUUUGAAAGGACAACAUUUUUUAAAUUGUCUUCCAUUGGAUUUUUAAGGCUUUGGAUGUUGUUGGCUAGUUAGCGAGAGCGAUUCUUGUCUACUAACAAAACGAAUCUAAAGUGAUUGAGAGCAGCGCUGGGUGUAAACAUGUAAUUCAUUCACACUAUGUUUUUGAAAAAUCUUUGCGUUGUUUUAUUUUGCUGUAUGAACGCAGGAGACCGGAUGAAAAUGAUGUAACUACAUGGUAUUUAGGCUAGUAUAACACAACAGACAUUUUAUGUUGUAAAGGUGUGCUCUUCAUUUCAUGUAACGCAAAAUCUUUUUGUUGGCUAUAACAAAAUCUAAUUAAUAUA